GAGGCGCUCACCACCAACCUAUGGAUCGAGCACGGCUGGACUGAUUACCGCCUGCAGUGGAACACAUCUGAGUUUGGGGACAUCCACGUGCUCCGCCUGCCACCGGACAUGGUGUGGUUGCCUGAGAUAGUUCUGGAGAACAACAAUGACGGACAAUUUGAGAUCACCUACUCCUGCAACGUCCUCAUCUACAACACGGGCUACGUCUACUGGCUGCCGCCUUCCAUCUUCCGCAGCGCCUGUCCCAUCAACGUCGACUUCUUCCCCUUCGACUGGCAGAACUGCACCCUCAAAUUCAGCUCGCUGGCAUACAGUGCCCUGGAGAUCAGCAUGCACUUGAAGACAGAAAACGACCCGAAGACGGGCAAGGAUUACCCAGUGGAGUGGAUCAUCAUUGACCCUGAAGGCUUCACGGAGAACGGGGAAUGGGAAAUCAUCCACCGCGCGGCCCGCAAGAACAUCAACCCAGACAACCCCCCCGAGAGCAGCGAGCACCAGGACAUCACCUUCUACCUCAUCAUCAAGCGCAAGCCGCUCUUCUAUGUCAUCAACAUUGUCACACCCUGCAUCCUCAUCGCCUUCAUGGUCAUCCUUGUCUUCUACCUGCCUGCCGACAGUGGUGAGAAGAUGACCCUGGUGAUCUCCGUGCUCCUGGCCCAGUCCGUCUUCCUCCUGCUCAUCUCCCAGCGCCUGCCUGCCACCUCCCACGCCAUCCCCCUCAUUGGCAAGUAUCUGCUUUUUAUCAUGCUUAUGGUGACGGCUGUGGUGAUAAUCUGCGUCGUGGUCCUCAACUUCCAUUUCCGCACCCCCAGCACCCACAUCAUGUCUGACUGGGUCAAAGAGGUCUUCCUGGAGAGCCUGCCUCGCCUGCUGGGGAUGUCACAGCCAGCCGAGAGCCUGGCGAGUGCCCCGUGCAUCCGGCGCUGCAGCUCCGCGGGGUACAUCGCCAAGGCGGAGGAGUACUUCAGCGUCAAGUCCCGCAGCGAGCUCAUGUUCGAGAAGCAGUCGGAGCGGCAUGGGCUGGCCAGCCGCAUUACCCCU